GGCGCCCAGCGCCGGGCCCCGGGACGGGCGGCGGCGCUCCAACCAUGGCCCGUGCCCAGGCGCUGGUGCUGGCGCUCACCUUCCAGCUCUGCGCGCCAGAGACCGAGACUCCGGCAGCUGGCUGCACCUUUGAGGAGACAAGUGACCCAGCAGUGCCCUGCGAGUACAGCCAGGCCCAGUACGAUGACUUUCAGUGGGAACGAGUGCGAAUCCACCCUGGCACCCGGGCCCCUGCAGACCUGCCCCACGGCUCCUACUUGAUGGUCAACACUUCUCAGCAUGCCCCAGGCCAGCGAGCCCAUAUCAUCUUCCAGAGCCUGAGUGAGAAUGACACCCACUGUGUGCAAUUCAGCUACUUCCUGUAUAGCCGGGACGGGCACAGCCCGGGCACCCUGGGUGUCUAUGUGCGCGUUAAUGGGGGCCCCCUGGGCAGUGCCGUCUGGAAUAUGACUGGAUCCCACGGCCGUCAGUGGCACCAGGCUGAACUGGCGGUCAGCACUUUCUGGCCCAAUGAAUAUCAGGUGCUGUUUGAGGCCCUCAUCUCCCCAGACCGCAGGGGCUACAUGGGCCUAGAUGACAUCCUGCUUCUCAGCUACCCCUGCGCAAAGGCCCCGCACUUCUCCCGCCUGGGCGACGUGGAGGUAAACGCGGGCCAGAACGCGUCGUUCCAGUGCAUGGCGGCGGGCAGAGCGGCCGAGGCCGAACGCUUCCUCCUGCAGCGGCAGAGCGGGGCGCUGGUGCCGGCGGCGGGCGUGCGGCACAUCAGCCACCGGCGCUUCCUGGCCACUUUCCCGCUGGUUGCCGUGAGCCGCGCCGAGCAGGACCUGUACCGCUGCGUGUCCCAGGCGCCGCGCGGCGCCGGCGUCUCCAACUUCGCGGAGCUCAUUGUCAAGGAGCCCCCCACUCCCAUCGCGCCCCCACAGCUGCUGCGUGCUGGCCCCACCUACCUUAUUAUCCAGCUCAACACCAACUCCAUCAUUGGCGAUGGGCCGAUCGUGCGCAAGGAGAUCGAGUACCGCAUGUCGCGUGGGCCAUGGGCCGAGGUGCACGCAGUCAGCCUGCAGACUUACAAGCUGUGGCACCUUGACCCAGACACAGAGUAUGAGAUCAGCGUACUACUCACGCGUCCGGGAGAUGGCGGCACUGGUCGCCCCGGGCCACCUCUCAUCAGCCGUACCAAAUGCGCAGGUGGGUGCAGCUGCUACCCCUGGCCCCAGUCCCUAAGUAGUCCAUUAGAACCAGGUGGGAAGUGGCAAGGCUGGAAUUUGAACCCAGGUGUCUGGCACCAAAGCCCACUUUCUCCUGUCCCCUGCCGCCUUUCACUCGCAGUGCCCGGUGGGAUUGCAGCUGAGUCCCUGACCUUUACUCCACUGGAGGACAUGAUCUUCCUCAAGUGGGAGGAGCCCCAGGAGCCCAAUGGUCUCAUCACUCAGUAUGAGAUCAGCUACCAGAGCAUCGAGUCAUCAGACCCGGCAGUGAAUGUGCCAGGCCCACGGCGUACCAUCUCCAAGCUCCGCAACGAGACCUACCACGUCUUCUCCAACCUGCACCCAGGCACCACCUACUUGUUCUCUGUGCGGGCCCGCACGGGCAAAGGCUUCGGCCAGGCAGCACUCACUGAGAUAACCACCAACAUCUCUGCUCCCAGCUUUGAUUACGCCGACAUGCCGUCGCCCCUGGGCGAGUCUGAGAACACCAUCACCGUGCUGCUGAGGCCGGCACAGGGCCGCGGUGCGCCCAUCAGUGUGUACCAGGUGAUUGUGGAGGAGGAGCGGCCACGGAGGCUGCGGCGGGAGCCAGGUGGACAGGAUUGCUUCCCAGUGCCACUGACCUUCGAAGUGGCACUGGCCCGAGGCCUGGUGCACUACUUCGGGGCUGAACUGGCGGCCAGCAGUCUACCUGAGGCCAUGCCCUUUACCGUGGGUGACAACCAGACCUACCGAGGCUUCUGGAACCCACCGCUUGAGCCUAGGAAGGCCUAUCUCAUCUACUUCCAGGCAGCAAGCCACCUGAAGGGGGAGACCCGGCUGAAUUGCAUCCGUAUUGCCAGGAAAGCUGCCUGCAAGGAAAGCAAGCAGCCCCUGGAGGUAUCCCAGAGAUCGGAGGAGAUGGGGCUUAUCCUGGGCAUCUGUGCAGGGGGGCUUGCUGUCCUCAUCCUUCUCCUGGGUGCCAUCAUUGUCAUCAUCCGCAAAGGGAGAGACCACUAUGCCUACUCCUACUACCCGAAGCCGGUGAACAUGACCAAGGCCACCGUCAACUACCGCCAGGAGAAGACGCACAUGAUGAGUGCCGUGGACCGCAGCUUCACAGACCAGAGCACGCUGCAGGAGGAUGAGCGGCUGGGACUGUCCUUCAUGGACACCCAUGGCUACAGCUCCCGGGGAGACCAGCGCAGCGGUGGGGUCACUGAGGCCAGCAGCCUCCUGGGGGGCUCCCCGAGGCGUCCCUGUGGCCGGAAGGGCUCCCCAUACCACACGGGGCAGCUGCACCCCGCGGUGCGUGUGGCAGACCUUCUGCAGCACAUCAACCAGAUGAAGACAGCUGAGGGCUACGGCUUCAAGCAGGAGUAUGAGAGCUUCUUUGAAGGCUGGGACGCCACAAAGAAGAAAGACAAGCUCAAGGGCAGCCGCCAGGAGCCAAUGCCUGCCUAUGAUAGGCACCGAGUGAAACUGCACCCGAUGCUGGGAGACCCCAACGCUGACUACAUUAAUGCCAACUACAUAGAUGGUUACCACAGGUCAAACCACUUCAUAGCCACUCAAGGGCCGAAGCCCGAGAUGGUCUAUGACUUCUGGCGCAUGGUGUGGCAGGAGCACUGUUCCAGCAUCGUCAUGAUCACUAAGCUGGUCGAGGUGGGCAGGGUGAAGUGCUCACGGUAUUGGCCAGAGGACUCAGACACCUAUGGGGACAUCAAGAUCACGCUGGUGAAGACGGAGACCCUGGCUGAGUAUGUCGUGCGCACUUUUGCCCUGGAGCGGAGAGGCUAUUCUGCCCGGCAUGAGGUCCGCCAGUUCCACUUCACAGCGUGGCCAGAGCAUGGCGUCCCCUACCAUGCCACGGGGCUGCUGGCUUUUAUCCGGCGUGUGAAGGCCUCCACCCCACCUGAUGCCGGGCCCGUUGUCAUCCACUGCAGCGCGGGCACCGGCCGCACAGGUUGCUACAUCGUCCUGGAUGUAAUGCUGGACAUGGCAGAGUGUGAAGGUGUCGUGGACAUUUACAACUGCGUGAAGACCCUCUGCUCCCGGCGUGUCAACAUGAUCCAGACUGAGGAGCAGUACAUCUUCAUUCACGAUGCAAUCCUGGAGGCCUGCCUAUGUGGGGAGACCACCAUCCCUGUCAGUGAGUUCAAGGCCACUUACAAGGAGAUGAUCCGCAUUGAUCCUCAGAGUAAUUCCUCCCAGCUACGGGAAGAGUUCCAGACGCUGAACUCGGUCACCCCACCGCUGGACGUGGAGGAGUGCAGCAUCGCCCUGCUGCCCCGGAACCGCGACAAGAACCGCAGCAUGGAUGUCCUGCCACCCGACCGCUGCCUGCCCUUCCUCAUCUCCACUGACGGGGACCCCAACAACUACAUUAAUGCGGCCCUGACUGAUAGCUAUACGCGGAGCGCGGCCUUCAUCGUGACCCUGCACCCGCUGCAGAGCACCACACCCGACUUCUGGCGGCUGGUCUACGACUACGGCUGCACCUCCAUCGUCAUGCUUAACCAGCUGAACCAGUCCAACUCCGCCUGGCCGUGCCUGCAGUACUGGCCGGAGCCAGGCCGGCAGCAGUAUGGCCUCAUGGAGGUGGAGUUUAUGUCGGGCACAGCAGAUGAAGACUUGGUGGCCCGAGUCUUCCGGGUGCAGAACAUCUCUCGGCUGCAGGAGGGGCACCUGCUGGUGCGGCACUUCCAGUUCCUGCGCUGGUCUGCAUACCGGGACACGCCUGACUCCAAGAAGGCCUUCCUGCACCUGCUGGCCGAGGUGGACAAGUGGCAGGCCGAGAGUGGGGACGGGCGCACCAUUGUGCACUGCCUAAAUGGGGGAGGACGCAGCGGUACCUUCUGCGCCUGUGCCACGGUCCUGGAGAUGAUCCGCUGCCACAACCUGGUGGAUGUUUUCUAUGCUGCCAAAACACUCCGGAACUACAAACCCAAUAUGGUGGAGACCAUGGAUCAGUACCACUUUUGCUAUGAUGUGGCCCUGGAAUACCUGGAGGGACUGGAGUCAAGAUAGCGGGGCCCUGGCCUGGGAUACCCACUGCACACUCAGGGCCAGACCCACCAUCCUGGACUGGCAAGAAAGACCAGUGCCUCCUGCCCUGCCCAACCGCACCCCCAUGGGGCAAGCACUGGAGUGGAUGCGGGGCCAUCUUGCUGCCCUUUCCGCUGUGGGCAGGGCCUUUCUCUUUGUUCCAUGGACAGGUCGUGGGCAAAGAAGGAGCUUAGCAAGUCUGCAGCUGAGCCCCAUCUCCACAGGGUCCUGCAGACCUGUGCUGAGAGGGCUGGUGCUGCCUGGCAGAGUGACAAGGGCUCAGAAUGGCUGGCUCUGGGGGACUCAGGCCAUGCACCUUGGCUCCAUCCUGGCCUUUGGCAGGGAUGAGUGAGGCCCUGCAGAAAGCAUCCCAGGCCAGAGUUCCCACUUAGCCUGCCCCCUCUGCAUGUGGCUAGAGGGUGGCUGGGGCUUGGCAACUAGGAUUCCAUCUGGCCCAGCCCCUGAAGGUCCCGGGGAGGUGGGACUCUGUUCUGAAUAGCCAGCGGGGCACACUGACUGUCUUCUCCGGGGAACUGCCGCACCCUCCUCCCCACUGCCCCCUGCAGCCCCUGGGGUACUUUGCUCACCAUCCCUCCCCACUUCUGCUUCCCUGAUGUGCUCUGAGCUUCCCUGAACCAGGAUCUGCCCAUUCCUACCGUGCCCCACAGGGGCUCCUUCCCUGCCUGACCCAGUGUUGCAGAAUGAAGUCACCUCGCCCCCCUCUUCCUUUCAUCUUCAGGCCUCACUGGCCUGUCCUGCUCAGCUUGGGCCAGUGACAGUCUUCAAGGCUGAACAACCACCUCCGGGUUUGAGGUCCCUGUGGCUCCUGGUCAGGCUGCCAUUGUGGGGAGGGGCAGUGUCAGAGCAGGGCUGGUCGGACCCCCUGGAGUUGAGAGGAUGAAGGAGGAUCAGUGCUUUUUUGUUUCUUUUGUUAUUUUUGGAUGGGUGGGUGGGAAGGUCUCUUUAAAAUGGGGCAGGCCACACCCCCAUUCCGUGCCUCAAUUUCCCCAUCUGUAAACUGUAGAUAUGACUACUGACCUACCUCGCAGGGGGCUGUGGGGAGGCAUACGCUGAUGUUUGUAAAGCGCUUUGUAAAUAAACGUGCUCUCUGAAUGCCAC